GGGCCAAAACAAAAGGAUGCACACAGAAGAGCCAGAGCGAGUGGUGUGCUUCUAAACAUUAUGUCUGUCCUUCGAAAAGAAAAAAGUUGUGGCAAACUGUAGAAAACUCAAAGCACUGAAGAACACAGGUCGCACAGUAUGACCCGCUUCAUUCCCACAUAUGGCGACAGGGGCUGAAGUAGGCCACACAUUUCUGUGUGUGUGCCAGUAUAGCACACUGUGUUAAGAAGUAUUUAACAACAGCAGGGAGUGUUUCGUCUCCCCUUUAGGCCCAAAGGGAGGUUGUUGUUGUGUGAUGCAGAACAUCCUCGAUCAGAACUUAGACAUGGCGACAGCUCUACUCGCCGGCGAGAAGCUGAAGGAGCUGAUCCUACCAGGCUCCUCUCAGGAUGAGAGGGGCGGGGCACUGGCCAGCCUCAUGGUGCAGCUCAAACUCGAGCUGCCCUUUGAUCGUGUUGUUACUAUAGGGACGGUCAUCAUCCCCAUUCUGCUGGUCACCCUCGUUUUCACAAGGAACUUUGCAGAGGAGUCCAUAUACUGUUACACACCACACAACUUUACUAGAGACCAGGCGCUGUACGCAAGAGGCUACUGCUGGACGGAUCUGCGGGAUGCUGUGCCUGGUGUGGAGUCUCACCUUUGGCCUUCACUAUUUGAACACAAGUUCCUGCCCUAUGCCCUGCUGGCCUUCGCUGGAAUCAUGUACAUUCCUGCUUUGGGCUGGGAGUUUCUUGCAUCUACACGGCUCACUUCAGAGCUCAAUUUCCUGCUUCAAGAGAUUGAUAACUGCUAUCAUCGAGCUGCUGAGGGCCGAGCCCCAAAGAUCGAGAAGCAGAUCCAAUCCAAAGGACCUGGCAUAACUGAGAGGGAGAGGAGGGAGAUCAUAGAGAAUGCAGAGAAGGAGAAAAGCCCUGAGCAGAAUCUGUUUGAGAAAUAUUUGGAGAGACGAGGCCAAAGUAACUUUCUGGCCAAGCUUUACCUGGCACGUCACCUGGCUAUUAUCUGCCUCAGUUCCAUCCCCAUUUCCUACCUGAGCGCCUACUAUGCCCGUCAAAGGCAGAAUGAGUUCACCUGUGCACUGGGUGAGCCCCCAGACAUUAGCAGCUAUGCAGAGCUGAAGCUCAGGGUUAAUUGUAAGCUGCCUGCUGUGCAGCUGCAGCGCAUCAUGGCUGCAGUAGAUAUUGCUCUGCUCUGCACCAUGAACCUUAUCAUCCUGGUUAAUUUGCUGCACUUGUUUGUGGUGCGCAAGUCCAACUUUGUGUUUGACAAAUUGCAUAAAGUGGGUAUUAAAACACGGCGACGGUGGCAGAAGUCUCAGUUCUGUGAUAUCAACAUCCUGGCCAUGUUCUGCAAUGAGAACAGGGACCACAUCAAGUCGCUCAAUCGGCUGGACUUCAUCACCAAUGAGAGUGACCUCAUGUAUGACAAUGUGGUCAGGCAGCUGUUGGCUGCACUUGCACAAUCCAACCACGAUUCUACACCCACUGUGAGGGACUCUGGUAUACAGACAAUUGAUCCCAAUAUGGAUCUUGGAGUGGGAGAGAUGGGUGGGGAGCCGCUGGUCAUCAAACGGUCCCGCAAGAAGAUUAAAUGGAUGCCAAGUUCAAAUCCUCUGCCUCAGCCAUUCAAGGAACCCCUCACCCUAACACGCCUGGAAAAUAACACCAAGCCUGAAAAACCCAAACCACUCAGAAGAAAGACAGUAGCAGACAGCUUCAUUGCACCUCUUCUGGAUAGCAAGAGCACACAACAUUCUGCAACAAAAGAUCUAAGUGGGAUGGAGAAAAAGCACACUCGAAACUUCUCUCUGGACGUCCAUCCAUAUAUGCUGACCAUUCGUAAGCCCAAGGUGCAGGCCACAACCACAGAACCUCUACCCUCUGAGCACAACAUGGAUACAGUGUACCUUGAAGGCACACACACUAUAGUUCAUGUGUCUGGCGCAAUUACAGAAACUAAGGUAUGCUCUCCGGAAUCGACCAACACUGCCUUUUCUACAGUGACCCUGCCCACUACUACUUACGUAAAUGGCGUGAGCCCGAACCCUCCCUCCAGCGAGGACGCCCUCAGUCCCAAGUCCUCUCCUCCGCCAAGGGAGCCUCUCACUCAGACGGAAAACCCUGAGUGUCAGCCUCCACCCCUGACCAGAGCCCCUACGCAUCAGCUGCUCAGUAUACAUCACACUCUCUUUGAGGCAGAGGAGGAUGAAGAAAACCGUAGAGACAGACUGGCAGAGAGACCUGGGGAACUCAUUGCUGCUGGAGAAUGUUGAAGAUCAAGAAAAAGAGGAACGCUGACUGAGAUUUCUUUCCCCAAUACUACACUCUGCACACAUGACCACCAUGUCAAUCACCUCCUAUCAACAACCACCUCUACUCUUUAGAUUAACUGACACUGCUGUGAUGGGUGGAUUGGGCAGAAAUUAGACAGUGUGAAAAUUACGUGGGACUCUAGUAGUUAUUAAAGCUGAAGGACUUGAGGAAAAUGAUUCAGAGAUGAUAAGACAAAAGUUUGUUUAUUUGACAAUGUUGACCAGAGUAUUACUGUAGGAAAUGAUGUCACAUUCAUGUCUCAGGAUGACUGUGUACAGCUGAACACCCUCCAACAAAACCAGCAGCGAUAUAAUUCAACAGGGUGCUACAGUGCAGGAUCAGACAGCUAUUUUGAAAAAGGCCUACAGAGAUGAUGAGCGGCAAUGAGAGAUGAGUGAGCUUUCAAAAAAAAAAAACUUAUACAUUUGCAUAUCUGCAAAGAGGACUGUUUUACGGCUUCAAACAAAAAUGUAUUUUAAACACAUAUGAUAACGCUUAGUCCCUUUAUCCCAAUAGCCCAGUAGAAAGGUAGCUCAUGCAAUACAGUUGUUGAGAUCUGCACAAGUAAUAUGCAAAAGAUCACAAUAUAUGUGUGGCAAUAAUGUAUGCGCUUGCAGCAUCCUAUUUCACAGAAUGCUAUAUGUGUGUAGACAUGGUAUUAGUGUUUGUAGGGUUUUUAAAAUAUGACACACAUUUCACGGCUUUAUCAUUGCCAUUUCACUGUUGAUUAGGAAAUAUGUAGGCCUUUCAGAUCUUGAAUAUAUUUGCACUUCAUUAAUAAUAGGCAAAUUGGCGUAUUGUAUUAAGGAACAACAAAAGAACAGACAAAGCAAUGAAAGUGUGGCAUUGUAAGGUGACGUGUAACUACAAUAUGGCUCUG